AUGUCCGCCGCUGGUACAGGAGGUUGCGGACCCGGACCAGGACCCGGUGCUGGUUCUGGAUCUGGGGCCUCCAACCCCCGAAAGUUUAGCGAGAAAAUAGCCUUGCAUACUCAGCGUCAAGCUGAAGAGACAGCUGCUUUUCAGGAGGUCAUGAUGGACAUUACCUCGACUCGGAUUCAGGCUCAGAAGGUGCGCUUGGCCAGGACACAAGGUCCGUAUUACGGAGGUUCUCUGCCUAAUGUCAACCAGAUUGGAAGGAAUGCAUCUGAGCUGCAGGGACCAUUUCAUUCUAACCUGGACACCGGUCGCUCCACACGACACCAUGGGUUGGUGGAGAGAGUCCACAGAGAGAGAAGGUUUAUCUCUCCAAGCCGCCCCUACAGGAGACAAAUGGACAGCUCCCACUGCAGUUCUGCCUAUUUAUCUCCACCCCCAGACCCCAGCUGGAGAAGGAACUGGUCCAGCAAUUUCCCCAUGGACAAAAGCCAGUUGUUCCGCCUUCCCACCACAGCACUCAACAGAACCAACUCAGACUCCGCACUUCACACCAGUGUAAUGAAUCCGUCUUCGGGGGAUCCCUUCGGUACCCCACAGGGAAGACGAACUGGUUUAACAGAAGGCGAUGGGAGAAGAAUGUUCCCAUACCCUGUGCCGCCCAUUGAGGAGAAUGUACUGGAUGAAGGCAAACUCCUUAAACCCUGGGAUGCAAAGAAACUGCCCAUGCUAUCGUCACGACCAAAGUCCUGUGAAGUCCCUGGCAUCACUAUUUUUCCCUCCCCGGACCAGCAGUCCAGUACACCUCAUGUACCCUCAGCACUGAACACAGGUGGCUCCCUGCCAGAUCUGUCCAGCUUGCACUUCCCCUCACCACUGCCUACUCCGCUGGAUCCAGAUGAGCCAGGUUACCCUUCACUCAGUGGGGGCAACAGCACCGGCAACCUGGCCAGCACCCUCACUCAACUUGGCAUCAACACGGGCAAUGCCUUCCACUCGCCAGGCCUCAUGACAUCUUUUCAGGGCACUAUGAGUAACCCUUCCCUGCAGUCUUCACUUAGCAACCCUAACAUCCAGUCCUCACUUGGCAGCCACUCUUUUCCCAAUUCCCUUAGCUCCACCUCUUUGCACUCAUCACUUAGCAACCCCUCCCUACAGUCCUCACUCAGCUCCUCCCCCUCUCUGCAGUCCUCCCUUAGUAACCAAUCCUUGCAUUCCUCUCUGAGUAACUCUUCCUUGAGUGGACAGUCCCUCCAGUCAGCAGCCAGUAACCCCAGCUACAGCAGCGGCGUGGGUGGGUCCGGCUCCUGUUCGUCCUCGUACUCGCCGCUCUUAGCUGGCCAGGUGCAACCCCAGCUCAGCACCUCCCCUCGGAGACGGGUGCAGCUCUCACCUCUCAUCUUGCCCAUGAGUGAAUCCCGACGACACCACCCAAAACAGUUCUCUCCCACCAUCUCCCCUACUCUCUCCUCCAUAACACAGGGUGUUCCACUGGACACCAGUAAGUUGCCCAUGGACCAGCGGUUACCUCCUUACCCUUACAGUCAGACUCAGCAGCCUCAGUCAACACCUCAAGUAGCCCUGCAGGCCCCACAGAAGGUCUUAGGUUCUGUCCAAACAGGUCAAACGCCGUCCCAGCUGCAACAACCCAGUCAGCAAAACCCCCAGAUGCAUCACCACCAACAUGUGCAGCAGGUCCAGCCCCUGCAGCGACACCAUCCGCGCCCGCAGAUGCCGCCCCAAUCCUUGCAGUUACAGAUGCAGAAUGUGCACAAUUUGCGCAAAAGCCAGAACUUUAAGAUGCACCAGUCUCCGCACCAGCAGCCCAGCGCUAUGGAAACCCAGAGCAGGGAAGCACAGGGCCAAAACUCACAGUGCCUUCAGGAACAAGAGACGCAGGAAGCCAAUCAAACAGACCAUCACCAGCAACAGCAACAGCAGGCCCAUCAGAUGGACCAGCAGAACCAGAGCCUACCCCAACAGAUUAAUGACCUUGGUCUUUACAACGAUGCCUUGUUACUGAAUUCCCUGUUGGAUGAUGAUCCAUACUUGGAUCUACAACACCCUGGCAGGCAGAACCAGAACCAGCAAUUUAACAUGGACUCACAUGUAGAGGGUCUGUCUCUCAACCAUGGCUUGGGUUCUGGAACCACUGCCAAGAACCAGGAAGGAUCUUACCACAGUAACCAGGCAGUGUUGGACCUUUUGGAGUCUGCGGACCAGCAGUUCCUCAAUAACCCAAAUCAGAACUACGGGGGUGCUGGGCGCCACAAUGUGCCCAAUAUCAUCCUUACUGGUGAUUCUCCCCCAGGGCUCUCAAAAGAGAUCACCAACGCUCUGUCAGGUGUGCCAGGUUUUGAGGUGGACCCCUUCGCCUCUGACGAUCCUCUCAGAAUGGACCCUUUGGCUUUGGAAGGACUGGGAAUGUUGACAGACGGAGACCUUAUGCUCGCCGACCCAGCUGUGGAGGACUCUUUCCGCUCAGAUCGCCUCAAAUGACCCUGGGUGGGCGAAAGAUGGGAGUACCACAGGAUUUAAGAGGGAACAGUAUGGAACCGGAGCUUGCAACCCUUCCUCUUCUAAAGGCCAUUGCCCUAGAACCUCAGAGUGCAAAGAUAAUGAAGGUUUCCCCACUGGAAGUUGACUUCAUCAUCUCUAUG